CGCGGCCCGUCAGGCACUGCGGUAGGCACUCCCGGGUCCAGCAGGACCUUGUCCCCAGCAUGGCGGCGCCCAGCGAAGUGGCCGCGGCAGUCGUCGGUGAAGACGAUGGCGGGGGUUUUGAAUCGUGGCUGGACACACGGUUGGAGGCACUGGGAGUGGACCGAGCCGUUUACACCUCUUACAUCCUGGGUGUCCUGCAGGAGGAGGAGGAGGAAGAGAAGCUGGACGCCUUGCAGGGUAUCCUCUCUGCUUUCCUGGAAGAAGAUUCCCUUCUUGAUAUCUGUAAGGAAAUUGUAGAACGAUGGUCAGAAACUCGGAAUGUCACCACCAUAGUAAAAAAAGAAGAUGAGGUGCAGGCCAUCACCACCUUGAUUGAGAAACAGGCCCAGAUUGUGGUGAAGCCCAAGGUGGUUUCAGAAGAAGAGAGGCAGAGGAAAGCCGCCCUGCUGGCCCAGUAUGCCGAUGUGACAGACGAAGAAGAUGAAGCAGAUGAGAAAAAUGAUUCGGGCUCUUCAACGGUAGCCGUCGGUUCUGGUAAAUUCCUGUUCCGAAACACCAAUGUGGUAGACGUUGUCAAUGCUCAGAAGCUGGAGCGAGACUCACUUCGUGAUGAGUCCCAGAGGAAGAAGGAACAGGACAAGCUGCAGAGGGAGAAGGACAAGCUAGCCAAGCAGGAGCGCAAGGAGAAGGAAAAGAAAAGGACACAGAAAGGCGAGCGCAAGCGAUAACCUCGGCCACUCUGCCCCUCCA